AUGAGGAUAAGUGCAAAUGUUAAUGACGAAUUAGACUCGACGUGUGAUGGGAGUGCAAAGAGAAGACAUCAGGCCCAUAAAGAAAACACCCCUCUGAGAAAACAAAAACCAUGGAGAAUAAAAGGAAAAAAGGUGGGCAUCUGCCUUCCCUUCAAAGGCCAAUCGGAGAGUACUACCCCCAAUAAUUUACUCAACAAUCAGGUUUCUAUGGCUACAAAGAAGGAAAAGUACGGGUGGUACGGGCUCACUGGGAAGCAGCAGGUGAGCCCGAUCCGGAACUUGUCAGACGGGCAGAAGUGCAGAGUGUGUCUGGCCUGGCUGGCCUGGCAGAACCCCCACAUGCUCUUCCUGGACGAGCCCACCAAUCACCUGGAUAUCGAGACCAUCGACGCGCUGGCAGACGCCAUCAAUGAGUUUGAGGGUGGGAUGAUGCUGGUCAGCCAUGACUUCAGACUCAUUCAGCAGGUUGCACAGGAAAUUUGGGUCUGUGAGAAGCAGACAAUCACCAAGUGGCCUGGAGACAUCCUGGCCUACAAGGAGCACCUCAAGUCCAAGCUGGUAGAUGAGGAGCCCCAGCUCACCAAGAGGACCCACAACGUGUGAGCCCUCGGCCAGGCGUGGGUCAGGAGCUCCAUCCGGGGACUAACAGCUGCUACCCUGACCAGCUACUCAGGACAGGACCCUGGGGCUACACUCCUGCAUUGCUGCAAUACCGCUGCCCAGCCUCUCCCCGUCCCUCGGCCUGCCUUAGCUGCUCUGUUAUCUUAUCUACAGCUGGACAGUAGCUGUCCGUUUCCUCUCCUCCUUCCAGUUACAUUCGGCUGCGUCUGGACUUGGCUGGCUGUUCCCUCCAGCCCCUUGCUGGUUACUUACCCCGAGAGUGAUGCAGCCACAGGCACCUGAGGGUUCGCCUAGGGGCCCAAGCCCUGGGUUUGGUCUGCGAAGGAGCUUAAGGUCCUUGUUUUCUGGGUUUUGGUGAUGUUGGAGGAAUACCCCCCAGCCCACCGCUACCAUUCCUUUUUGCUUCGGGUUUGGAGCUCUGGGCCACAGGGUCUUAGUCCUGGUAGGUUUUUAAAUAUUUAAAGGUGUAACUUUUAGACCUGUGUGACAUCUACAAC